AGUCAGGAGGGAAUCUGUAUUAUUCAGUUACCUGCUCAAACACAGAGAAGAGAAAUACCCGGACAUUAGAGGUUCUGGAUGUCAAUGACAACCCUCCGAUCUUCCAGAGUAAAUCAUACAGCGUCACAGUGUCAGAGAUGACAGUUGUGGGAUCAGUUGUGCUCAAGGUGACGGCUGAAGAUAAAGACGCCUCUCCAGAAAACAGCAGAAUUAUGUAUUCUAUACUUCCUCCAGUGCCAGAUGACUUUGAAGUGAUAGGUGAUGGUAACAUCAGGAUGAAACAACAGCUGAACUACAACAGUGUUCAACAGUACAUCUUCACUGUGGAAGCUAGAAAUGUAGGAGGAUACAGUGACACUGCAACGGUUACGAUAACUGUUGAAGAUUUCGACAACAUAAACCCUUAUUUUGAUCACAGUCUCUAUAAAGCAUCCAUUGAGGAAAAUCAGACAGGACCUUUGUCAGGCGUCACUCCUGAGGCCAUAAAAGCUCAAGAUGGCGACUCGGGCAUCAACGAGCCUGUAGUUUACAGCAUAACAGCAGUUCUUCCAAAUUAAUAUCAGAGCAAUUUUGAGAUUGAUGGAGACAGUGGGGUCAUCUCUGUGACAUCAGCACUAGACCGAGAGAAAUCUGACCAGAUUACUGUUUACAUACAGGUUUCAGUUUCUCAAAACAUUAAUGGAAACCAUUAAGCUGAAGUUUUUAUUAUUAUUUUUUUAUUAUUCAUAUUUUCCCUUUAAAAACAGGCAGCUCAGCAGGAUGAUGCCAGUAAGACGGCUAGCGUAAUGGUAUCAGUUACCAUUGAGGAUGUGAAUGACAACCCGCCAAAAUUUGACCAGGAUGAGUACACAGUGUCUAUUCUGGAGAACUCGCCAAAGGACCAGCUUGUGCUUCAGAUCAGAGUCACUGAUCCAGACCUGGGUGGGUUCUCUAAAGGUCACUUUGUCAUGGACAGUGAUACCUUCGUUAUUAACAGUCAAGGAGUAAUAUCACUUAUGAGCGAUGCCACCUUGGACACAGAAACUAGACGCAGUUACAACAUUGAGGUAAUAGCUGUAGAUCAGCCUGAUGAUGGCUUAAUCUCCACAGCUAGGGUCAUCAUCACUGUUCUGGACAUCAACGACAACCACCCACAAUUCCUUCCUCUCCCAGAGCGCAUAGAGAUUCAGGAAGGUGUGUACAUGCCCUCAUCACCUGGAGAGGUGUGCAUGAUAUCAGCCACAGACUCUGACUCUGGAGAAAACGGACGUGUCGCCAUCACUGUUUACUCACACAUUGAACUAUUCAGCUUCAGAGCGGAUGGGACUCUGCUAGCUAUGGAUGAGCUGGAUCGGGAGACACAGAGCGUGUAUGAUGUGCUCAUUGUUGCCAUGGACAGUGCAAUACCACAGCUAAAUAACAUCACCACAGUGAGGGUCAGUAUCACAGACGUCAAUGACAAUGCUCCAGUCUUCAGCUCGGACUCCUACAGCAGAAGCCUUCUGGUUAAAGACGCAAGGGUUGGAGAGGUGCUGCUGACAGUCUCUGCCACAGAUAAAGACGCCGGACCCAACGCCGUCAUUAGCUACAGUUUCUCUGAAGACUCUUCCAUGGUCGUGUUGGAUGCUGAAACAGGAGACAUCAUUUUGACCUCUGACCUUAGCGAGGUCACAGAAGAUAUACAGCUAACACUGACUGCUGUAGCGACAGAUCAUGGAGCACCAGCACAGUCUGAGGAAGCUGCAGUCUUGAUCUACUUUCAAAUUUCCUCUGUCAACGAGAGUAUGGCUUUUCAGAGGACCUCCUACAACUUCAUAAUCAAUGAGAACGAACCUGAGUCCUCAACAGUAGGCAGAGUCAAGGCAUUGACAGGGAGUCCACUGGUAACAGUCAGCUAUAAUAUGAAGUCACAUGAGGAUGUCUUCUCUGUGGAUGGUGAAGGAACCAUAAAAGCUCUCAGAGCUCUGGACAGGGAGGAAGAGGAGUGGUACAUCCUCACAGUAGAGGCCGUAGACUCCAGAACUCCUCCAAACACAGCAGAGACAACGGUCAGAGUUCAGGUUGAAAACGUGAAUGAGGCUCCUGUUUUUGACGAUGAAAUAUAUAAAGCAGAAAUUUUCAGUAUCUCUCCAUACAAAUUCCCUAUAGUGAAGAUCCAGGCAUCAGACCCUGAUGUGGGCGAGAGCUCAGAAUUGCAGUAUUCACUGCUGGAGUCCACAUCUCUGCUGGAUGUGGAGGAAAGCACUGGUCAGAUCUACGUACUGGAUGCAUCGAGUGUUACAGACGGUCUGUUCAACUUUCAGGCUAAAGCCACGGAUAAACAUGGACUGUCCAUGACUACAUCAGUACAGGUGAGCAGGAACAGAUCAAAAGAGAAAGCUUUUACAAGGCUGUGUCAGAAUACUACUCAAAACAGCGUGAAAAGAGCAUGA